UUUUCAAAAAAUUCAAAGAACAAAUGUCCCAACAAGAAAAAAUACAAUUAACGAUUCGUUGUGCUUUACAAACAUUUUCUGACUACAAUGUUGAAUGUUUUGAAAAUUGGACAGUUUUACAAUUAAAAGAACAUUUAACACAAAUUUGUGAUUUUAAUCCGGAAGUUGAACGUCAACGUUUAAUUUAUGCCGGCCAUUGCCUUAAAAAUGAACAAACAAUUAAAGAUGUUUUGAAACAGCAAAGGGAUGGAAUGCCCCGUUCUCCUGAUGAACAACUCGAAAAACAAGUUAUUCACAUGGUUUAUACUGGAAAGGUUGCUUCUUCAACUGUUCGGCAUAGAUCGGCUGCAGCUAGUAGUGUUGGGAGUAGUUCUAGCACUGGACAUAGUAAUUCCUCUCAAAUCCCAGUUAAUAAUGGUACAGGUAAUCCAAUGCCUAUGCCCUUCCCAACAAACAAUUUCUACCCAACUCAACAACAGGAUCAGCAACAAGCUUGGAUGAAUGCUUAUCAACAAUAUAUUUCACAAAUGAUGCCUUUGUAUCAGAAUGCCGUUGGAAUGCCCUAUGGAGGUGUUCAAUGGCCAAUGUGGAAUCCAUUAAGUCAAGCGGCUUUUGCUCAACAAGCUGUUUUUGCACAGUUCUCCAACGCUGCCGCAUUUGGACAACAACUUCCUCCCAUUCAGCAGCAACAACAAGUACCUCUUCAAAUGCCUAUAGUCGCAAAUGUUCAACAAAACAACGAACCUCGUGCUGCUCCAGACUUUUUGGAUAUUAUUUACAAAUCAAUUCGUUUUAUUUUGUUGGGAAUGGUUUUAUUGUUAUAUUCUUCAAUCGAACGUUUUGUGUUUGUUCUUGCAAUGAUUGGAAUUUUUUGGUUGGUAAAUAUAUUUAGAGGCAGGCAGCAACAGGCUAGGGAAGCAGCUGCUGGUGAAGCAAGACCUGGAGAAGUGAAUAAUAGAGAGGCGCAAAAUGGUCAGCAACAACAAGAGGAGAUACAAAAUGAAGGGAAUCAACAACCAACUACAGAACAGCAGCAGCCAACUCCUGUUAACAAUUCGGGAAAUUCUGCAUGGAGUAUUUUUUGGGGAACAUUUCAGGCAUUCUUCACAUCCUUAAUUCCAGAGAAUCAGGCACCUUUGGACGUUAAUUGA